GGAUGGUGCUCGGGCAUAAUUUUGAGCGAGAGCUCAAGUUGAAAUGGGCGGUUUUAAGUGGAGCUUCUAGUUAACUUGAACGGAACUUAAAACAGGUUUUGAAGGAGGGAUGCGGAGAAAUAGGCUGGCGAGUAAGAGCACGCGGGGUAGGCGAAGGCCGAGGAGAGAAAGGCGGUAAGAACCGCCGCGUGUCGAGAGGGCGCCUCAUGCGUGGACCUGGGAUGGAAGGCAGACUGUUCCGGUUGCGCUGGUACCGCUUGUAGUUUUAAUUUACUUUGCGUUUGUAGCACUUCAGCCGUAAACGGCUCUUGGAGCCGAGGGCUAGUUUUGUUUCUAACAUGGCUCUUCCGAGCACUAUUCCCGCUAUUGACGCGGAACUGAAACGCCUCGGGCUAUCGGCGGCCCAACAGUCUGCCUACGACUCUAGGCUGGCGCAGAUUGAGGCCCGGCGUCAGCUAGCGACCAGCACCAUCGAGGCGCUGCCCACUGGGCGUAGAACGCGCAACAGCGCGGGCGCGGCUGUCAACCGCGCCGAACAGGUCGCAGCAAUUGAACAGCUUCGUGAUCAGGAUAUCGCGAAGCUGGAGACGGCCGCGUUUAAGCAGCUGAAGGCGCGCAUGCAGCAGAUCCAGGACCUGGCUGCGCGCAAAGCAGAGCUGGUACAGCAGAAAGAGGAGCUGGAGAAGCAGCUGAAGCUGAUCAACGGGGAUGCGGAUCAGGAGGACGACCUGGGCGAGUUGGCGCUGGGCGCCGAACUGCGCGAUGACGACGAGGACGGUGAGCUGGGCGCGGGGCAGCAGCAGGGCAGGGGACAGCAGCAGCAACAGCAGCAGCAGCAGCAGCAGCAGCAGCAAAUGACGGAGAAAGCAGCGCAGCAGACGGUGGGGCGCGGGAAGACGGCGACUCAGCUGCGGGUAGGGACCGGCGCUGUUGGCAGGGCCGCGGCCAAGCCCGUUCGCCUGCCGCCUCCCCCCCUGCCGGAGGCGGAGGAGGACGACUUCGUGGAAGUCAGCGAGCAGGACGUGGAGACAGCAGCACUCCGGCGGGUCGGGAUCUCUGCAGGCAUCAGCGGCCCGGCCGCGGGCGGCCGAGCGGGCCUGCGGACCGUUCCGACCGUUCCGGCGCCCACACCGGCGGCUGCGCGGCAGCCGGCCGUCGUGCGCGCGGACGCCGUCAGCGACAUCAUGCAGGGCCUGGAGAAGGACAUGCACCUGGAGUCGGUCCUGAACACCGCGCCGGCGCUCAAGGAGAUUAUGACGGCGGCCGGCGUCACGCUGGCGGGCAGCACCGUGCCGGCUUUCCAGCGACACCUCCAGAAGAGCAUUCGGGCACUGGAGAAGGAGCAGCAGGAGCAGCAGGAGCUGGCCAUGUGCUCGGCCCUCAGCGCGUCUGAGAGGGCAUCAGCGGCGCUGCGCGGCAUGGCCCUGGCGAAGCAGGUCACAGAGUUGAUCCGUUUCGAGCAGCUGCUGCCGGACCUAGUCAGGGCCGCCGGGGGCAGUUUCCCGGCUUUCCUGGAGGCCAUGCGCCACCCCAAGCCGGAGGUGAAGCAGAUGCUGGAGGGCGCGGCGCUGCUAGAGCAGAUCAAGGCACGCCACCGGCCGGUGACAGCGGGAGGCGGGGAGAGCUCCUACGGCGAGGAGCCGGCGCAGAAGCGGCAGCGGCCGGCGGCGACGGACCCGCAGCCGCCGCCGCCGCCGCCGGCGGGGGGCAGGGCCUGCGGCGAGUGCGGCGCACUGGGCCACAGGUUCCGGGAAUGCCCUGUCCUGGAGGCCAUGGCUCCGCGGCUGCGCAACGCGCGCAUCGCAGAGCUGCAGAAGCUCUACCCCCCGCGCCGUAGUGCACGCGCAGAUGCCGCAGACGCGUUGGUGCACGAGACUUUGGCGGAGGAGUGGCUGCAGUCGGCGGCGGCCGAGGCCGCGGCCGAUGUUAUGCGGCGGGCGGCCGCACUCACCCAGACCCAGCAGCAGAGGGCAGACUCGUCGCCCGCCGCGCAGCAGACAUGGUUCGGGCCAGACGGCGUGAAGCUGCGCACGGCAGCUUGGCAGGCUCACGGGUUCGAUUCCGCAGCCAUCAGAAACGAGAUAGUGUGGCAGUUUGACGUCGAGCCGUCGCCGAACAGUGUGCGCAAUCACUCGUCGGCACGGCAACAGCAGCAGCAGCUGGGCGCGCACUUGGCCGCCAUGUUGCGGGACGGCAUCAUCGAGGCGUACGACAGCGCAGAGCACGGGCCGGAAUCGGCGUUCGCGACAGUCGUAAACCCAUUACACGUGGUGCCCAAGGGUGACAGCAUCCGCCCAAUCAUCGAUCCCACAGCGUCCGGCGUCAACGCAUGCAUGCGGCAGCUUCCGUGUAAGCUCCCGGACCUGGCGGAGUUGCUGCAACAUCUCCCGCAGUACGGUUACCUGGGCAAGCGGGACCUGGCGUCGGGCUUCCACCACUGCGUGCUGGCACCGGAGGCACGCCGCUUCAUGGCGUUCCGCAACCCGGCAACGGGCGCUUUGCAGCGGUACGUGGCCCUGCCGUUCGGCGCCAGCCAGAGCCCGGCGAUCUUUUGUGAGCUCACAGCGGCAGCGACCACCAUCUUCCAGUCAGAGUGCGACCGGCGCGGGCUGCAGGUCCGCAUUUUCACGUACUGCGACGACUUCAUGAUCAUCGGGCAGCAACACGCGGACGUGGUGGGCGCCUUUGCGGUCAUGGACGUGCUAGGCGCGGAACUCGGCUUCACCUGGAAGCUAGAGAAGGACCAAGGGCGGGACACAGCAUGCCAGCAGCUGGAGUUUUUGGGCAUGAUGUUUGACACGGUGCGGCUAGAGAUGCGCAUCACGCCGGACAAGCGGCAGCGAUACGCAGCAGCGAUACGCGCGCUGCUGGACGCAGCGGAGCAAGGGGCGGUGCAGCGGCAGGAUCUGGAGUCAGUCGCGGGCAAGCUGACUUUCGUGGCGCGGGCGUGCCGCUGGGGUUACACUUUCCUGCAGAGCGUGUACGACGCCCUAUUCUCGCUGCAGCAGCCGGCACCACGCGUCUUAUCGCUGGAGCCGGCGGCGCUCGAGGACCUGCAGUGGUGGUGGGAGGUCCUCAGGGCGGACUCCUCCGUUUGGGAUGGCGCCCGGCAAUGCACGGUCGCCGAGUUGGAACUGGUGCGGGGGGAGUUCGCUGACGCUCAGAGCGGCGCCGUAAUCUUCACAGACGCCAGCGGGGCAGGCUUCGGCGCUGCGUGGGAGGAGGCAGAGCUACAGGGGGUGUUCAGCGCACAGCAGCGUCAGUCGCACAUCGCUUGGCUCGAGCUGACGGCGGUGGCCGUUGCCGCGGUCAACCACGGCUCCACGCGCGUUAAGGAGGGGCGCAGCUUGUGCAGACAGCUGGCAGAGCUGGCGAUGCAGGCGGGUUUCGAAGUGCGCGCAGAGCACAUUGCGGGUGUUGCGAACACGCGAGCCGACCGUCUCAGCAGGCAGCUGGCGCAGGCGCGCGACCAGAACCUGCGCCUGAAGCCAGCUGUGUUCCGCAGCCUGGUCACCACGGACGGCGGCCAGUAUCGGCCCACGGUCGACUGCUGCGCAGACGUUCUGGGCCUCAACGCGCAGCCGGGUUGCGCCGAGUUCUUCAGCCCAGAGCGAUCUGUGUUGGGCCAGGAGCAGCGGUUGGCGGGCAAGGUGCUAUGGGCGUUUCCCCCGGUGUCGCUGACUGGAGAGGUGCUGGCGACGAUAGCGGCAGCAGCACAGCUAGACGAGCGGACGCGGGCGACAGUGGUUGUGCCGUACCAGCCCAGCUACCCUUGCUGCAUCGGCGCCAAGAAGUCAGCUUAUCCAGGAGGCUGGUUGCAGUGCACGGACUGCACGCUACGGGCGGUCGGGAUCGGUAGCAGCGGUAGCGAGGCAGCCCGGGCCCUGGCGGACGAGUGGGUGGCCGCCACUGGCAGCGCAGUAGCAGAAGGCUCGGCGGGGGUCUAUGCGACAGGGCGGCGGCGCUACGUGGGUUUCUGCAGCAAGGUCCUAAACUUGAGCGAGGCAGCAGCACUACCGCCGGGGAAGAAGGGAGACCUCAACCCCCACGCAGUGUGCCUUUUCCUGAUGCAGGCAAGCCAGCGGCUGGCGUACAAGACCCUGCAGGGCAACAUCAGCGCACUGGCGGACUGGCAGCGGUCGAAGGGGCGCAGCGGCGAGGACCUCAUCAGCCAGCACCCGCUGGUGCGCCGGACGAUGGCGACCCUGCAGCGGGGCAGCGGCGGCUCGCAGCAAAAGGCGCCGCUGCCUAUCUCCCUGCUACGGCGGCUAAUCGCCUGGCUCGCACAGACGGCGGGUCUACAGCCGAACCGCGCGGAGGAGUGCAGCCGCGACGCGUGCUGGCUGGCGUUGGGUUUCUUCGGGAUGCUACGGCGCAGUGAACUGGCGGGACUGGCGUUGGCAGACGUCUCGCAGCAGAAGGCAGAGGGCCCCGUGACACUGACGGUGCGCCGCAGCAAGACCGACCAGCAGGGGCUAGGCGCGCAGGUGCAGCUGGCGGCGACCACCCAGGGCAGUAAGGUGCCAAUCGGCAGAAUCGUGUCUCGUCUGCGACGUGGUGGGGCAACAACGGCGGCGAACGCGGGCGUGCCGCUAGAGGACAUCCAGGAGCAUGGACGCUGGAAAUCGGACGCCGUGCGCCUGUAUAUCAAGAAGUCGGGAUUGGAGAAGCGGCGGACGACAGAACGUAUGUAGAAGGGAAGGGUACGGGUUUUUGUGGGGAGCCCGCUGGGAUCUGAGUGCCAGCAUAGGUGGGGCUGAAUUAGGCGGGCAGCGGCCGGGGGGGUCCGGCGAGUUUCGAGCUGUCAGUGACGAGAGGGAAUGGUGUGGGGGGUGGUCUCUGCCCGGCAAGUAGGAAUGGCCGGGCAGACCCGUGUCGGUUAAUAGGCGGCGUAGAAAUUUGACGGCCGCGGGGCUGGGGCCAAGGGAAGCGGCGUGCGACAGGUGUAGGCACGCCGCCCAAGUAAGGGCACAGCCGCUUACUCCCCAUAUCCAUUUGCCCUCCCCGGGUGAUGAACGCAUGCAAACGUGAGCAAGACGAGAUCAUGACUUUCAAUGCGGUUUGUUGAAAACGCUGUAAUUGGUGGGUGAUUGCCGCGACUACGAAGCCCGCCCUCAGCAGCCCUCCAUCUCAAAGGGCGGUUUUAAGUGGAGCUUCUAGUUAACUUGAACGGAACUUAAAACAGGUUUUGAAGGAGGGAUGCGGAGAAAUAGGCUGGCGAGUAAGAGCACGCGGGGUAGGCGAAGGCCGAGGAGAGAAAGGCGGUAAGAACCGCCGCGUGUCGAGAGGGCGCCUCAUGCGUGGACCUGGGAUGGAAGGCAGACUGUUCCGGUUGCGCUGGUACCGCUUGUAGUUUUAAUUUACUUUGCGUUUGUAGCACUUCAGCCGUAAACGGCUCUUGGAGCCGAGGGCUAGUUUUGUUUCCCCACCCGCCCACCCUACUUGUCUUUCUUUUCGUCCAUGUGUGGAGGGUUGUCACUGUAGCACAGCGGAGUGUUGAGAUCCGGUUAGUUUCUUUGUCCCGGGGGGUGGUCUCUGCCCGGCAAGUAGGAAUGGCCGGGCAGACCCGUGUCGGUUAAUAGGCGGCGUAGAAAUUUGACGGCCGCGGGGCUGGGGCCAAGGGAAGCGGCGUGCGACAGGUGUAGGCACGCCGCCCAAGUAAGGGCUAUAUGUCGCGCUCGCCAGGACCCCGCCAACUUAGCCUGAAGCUAUUUUGAUUACAUCUAUACGAGAAUUAAUGUCGACAGCAAUAGAUUCAGGCCCCAAACAGCGCAUAUGCGAGGUAUGGGCUUCGGUCAAUUUCGCGACUUGAGCCCUGAUAAGCAUAAUUUGGACCUUUGCCGACCACUUCUGGCUGAUGAUGAUGUUGGUUAUGUACCUACAGAAAGGCGUUGUCUAAUCCGUGCGGUAGGAUUUGCCCCGGGGCAACGUCCAACGUGCGGGUUUGGCUGGGAAAACGCACCCCCCGGACGGCAGCCCAGUUUUCACCACGGGCAAUAGCGGAUAGGUCGGGUCAGCAUCCUUGUACGAGUUAUUGCUAAUAGUGAAAAGGCCCGCGGAAGAAGGGGCUCCCGUACACCCCAUCCAGCCGCCUGGUGGUACCCGCGUGUGCGAACACCCGCUGGCUAACAAUAACCUCAUCAAAGUGCAAGGGAUUAACCAGGCCACACAUCAACCUGUUGUAAACACGCAACAAU